AUAGGAUUUGACCCACAAAAAGGAAAAUCAGAAGAGAGAAAAGUGAAAGAAGAAGAAAAGAUCAGAAAGAGAAGAGAAACAAAGGAAAAAGAACCCACUAGAGAAGGCAGAAUGGAGCUCACUCCCCAACAUGGUUUCUUAGAGGAGUUGCUUCAUCAUCAUCAUCAUAAUCAGGCUCUCCCUACAAGAGAAAGCUGGUCAACUUUUCCUCUUGCUGCAGCUGGACCUACUUCUUCUUCUACAACUACUACUUCUACUGAUAAUCUCUUCUCCAAUGGCUGCUGGAGCUUUGACUCUUUUGAUAGCCAUCACCACUCUUCAGCAUUGCCUUCCAUGGCCACCUCCAUUCCUCCCCCACAUCUUCUUCCUCCAUUUCUUCCCUUUGACUGCACUUACACUGACCAACAAUCUAAUUACCCGUUUUGUCCUGAUGGUGAGUUCAGCAUUGACCAGAGUUCGCCAUCUCUACUAAUCCAACCAAACACAGUAGAUGAAGAAGAGCAGAUUGGGGCACUUUUCUGCACCCAGCAGAAUGUUGAAGAGGAAGUAAAUGGGGACAUGGCAAUGGGUUGCUGCAAACCAGAGGAAACUGCAGGGGAGGACGGGGAUCUUGCUCAUCUCCAACCUUGUAUGGCUAUGUGGUUUUGUGGAGAGAAGAAGGGCAAGUCUAAGAGGGUAGAAGGGCAGCCUUCCAAGAAUCUAAUGGCUGAGAGGAGGAGAAGGAAGAGGCUUAAUGACAGGCUCUCUAUGCUGAGAUCAAUUGUGCCUAAGAUCAGCAAGAUGGACAGAACUUCAAUCCUUGGUGACACAAUUGACUAUGUGAAGGAACUCCUUGAGAGGAUCAACAGAUUGCAGCAAGAAGAAGUAAAAGUAGAAGAAGAGAGUGAGGAUGGAGUUAAGCAAGUCAAGUUGAUCACCAACUUGAAUGACACUAAACCAAGUGAAGCUCUUGUCAGAAACUCCCCCAAAUUCAGUGUAGAGAAGAGAGAAAUCGAGACCCGGAUCGACAUCUGCUGUGCACCAAAACCGGGACUGCUGCUAUCAACUGUGAACACCAUUGAAGCAUUAGGCCUGGAGAUUCAUCAGUGUGUGAUUAGCUGCUUCAAUGAUUUCUCAAUGCAGGCUUCUUGCUUAGAGGGUGGGGAGCAUAGGUCAGUGAUGAGUUCUGAAGAUAUAAAGCAGGCCUUGUUUAGGACUGCUGGCUAUGGAGGGAGAUGUUUGUGAAGGGGGGAAAACUGAAAAGUAGAGAGACAAGAGAAGAGGCUGAAAAAAUGUCUGGUCACAAUCAGAGAUUCUGCAGGGGAAAAAACAAUGGAGCAUUUUGCCAAAGUCUGUUGUAGCACUCAUGGGAGUGAUAAAUGGACGUUGGAAUCAGUCUCACCAACUGUACUUUCUAAUCCUCUAAUAAGUAGUAGUAGUAGUAGAUCUUGUCUCUUUCAUUUUCUCGGCCAACUUAAAUCCCUUCAAUCAAGGUGUUUUAUGAUUAGGUUAAGUGAGCUUUGGUCUAGUUAGCUAUCUUUUCCUGCACUAAUAAAUAAGGACAGCAUGAAGAGCUGAGGACAAUUUGUUUGAAUAAUUUAGCAGCAGAAGGGCAUGUGGGCAAGAAUGUUGUUUGAAUAAUAAAUGAUUGCAGAUCUUAUUA